AUGAUACUGAUCAAAUACCUUCAUAAAUACUUUACAGCACCAGAUGACUUCAGAACAGAUGAUCCAGUGGCAUUGCAACAUCUGAUUGAAGGCCUAUUCUUGGGCAUCCAGCAGAAAAAGAGGGAUCUGUAUCGAGUAACCGACCAUAACAAACAGCGACACAAGAUCCGAAGACGGAUUAGAGAGGAUAAGAAAAAGCUGUUUAAUGCCAUAUCCCAAUACAAUGAUCUUCCAACCACCACAGAAUCUGUAGAUUCAGUUGAAGACCUUCUGGCAGCAGAAAGCCCUAUCUGGCCUUGGGAUUCUGAACCUGACACUUCCUUAGGCAUGAAGAAGAAGGUUUUUGACAGGGUGAUGCAGCUGGAGAGACUGAUUGAGGAAGAGGCUAUACUUUUAGAGGAAAUGAAACAACAUUGGACUCAUCUUACAAGAACCUGCAGGGCCUUGAAGGACCAGGCUAAUGUACUAGCAGAUGACCUGGCCACACAGAGCUACCCUUCAGGACUGUCUGGUCAAGCUUACCAUGGCCUGCACAGUGCUGUCCUCCAAAAAUGUGAGGAGAUCAAAACAGACAUGGUAGCUGUGAAAGAAACCUACUCCCAAAUAGUAGUAAAUGGGAAUGGUGGAUCUGUUGUUGAAGAAGAUGAUGAAGACCCAUAUGAGAAUGUCUCCACAGAUGCCUCUACGGAUGAUGAAUUAUAGAUUCUCUCUUCUCCACUGCA